AUGUACCCCUCGUACAGGCAAAUAUCAAAAGCACCUCGAACUCUCUUCCGUACAAUGCCCCUACAUGUAGGUCCUCCUAGUGACUUUAUUCAGCCUUGUAGCAAAAUCCGACUGAACCAAGCGCCUUAUAGCGCUAGACCUUCUGUUGAAGGGAUUUUCCCUUCGCCAUACGGAGGUAUCGUCUUCAACCUGCUAUUAUCGUUCCACCCCGAUGACAUGGCUGUUAUCGUCCAGUCUGGUGUAGAUCUCAAUAAGGUUACUAAGACUGAAGGUCUCUUUUUGCCCUUGGACCCAUCUCCAAAGGCCACUAUUGGAGGAAUGGUCUCAACAAAUUCCAGUGGCAUAAACGCCUUUAGGUACGGAACGAUGAAGGAUUGGAUAAUCAAUGUCACCACUGUCCUUGCCGACGGGCAAGUCAUCAAGACGAGGAAACGCCCUCGGAAGGGCUCAGCAAGUUACAAUCUUACAUCUCUUGUUAUGGGGUCUAAAGGGACUCUGGGAAUUUGGACCAAGGUCACUCUAAAGCUUGUUGUGAUUCCAAAAGAGACGAGCGUCGCUCUAACAAAUUUCUCAAGCAUUCCAAGGCUAUAUCUGCUGCCUAUAAGCUGA